CCAGGAGGAGUCGCGCGCUGCUGCUGCUGUUGCCGCCGCUGCUCUCGCCGCUGUCAGUCAGGCUGCGCCCGCUUCUUCAGGGCCCAGUCCCUCGGACCCAUCGCCCCUUCUAGACCCUACUGCGGUCUCGGAUCUUGCCGGGAAAAUGUCUGAUGAAUUUUCGUUGGCAGAUGCGCUACCUGAACACUCCCCUGCCAAAACGUCUGCUGUGAGCAAUACAAAACCUGGCCAACCUCCUCAAGGCUGGCCAGGCUCCAACCCUUGGAAUAAUCCAAGUGCUCCACCUUCGGUGCCAUCUGGACUCCCACCAAGUGCAACACCCUCUACUGUGCCUUUUGGACCAGCACCAACAGGAAUAUAUCCCUCCGUGCCUCCCACCGGGCCACCUCCAGGACCCCCAGCAUCCUUUCCUCCUUCCGGACCAUCAUGCCCCCCACCUGGUGGUCCUUAUCCAGCCCCAACUGUGCCAGACCCUGGCCCCACAGGGCCAUAUCCUACACCAAAUAUGCCCUUUCCAGAGCUACCUAGACCAUAUGGUGCACCCACAAAUCCAGCUGCAGCUGGUCCUUUAGGUCCAUGGGGAUCCAUGUCUUCUGGACCUUGGGCACCAGGAAUGGGAGGGCAGUAUCCUACCCCUAAUAUGCCAUAUCCAUCUCCAGGGCCAUAUCCCGCUCCUCCUCCUCCCCAAGCCCCUGGGGCAGCACCACCUGUUCCAUGGGGCACAGUUCCACCAGGAGCCUGGGGACCACCAGCACCAUAUCCUGCCCCUACAGGGUCGUAUCCUACACCAGGACUCUAUCCUACUCCCAGUAAUCCUUUUCAAGUGACUUCGGGACCUUCUGGUGCUCCACCGAUGCCUGGUGGCCCCCAUUCUUACCAUUAAGUUAACAAUGGAUGAAGAAAUGACGUUUAGCUUUUUGAAGUACAUCUAUAUGCACAUGAAUGCAUAUAUAAAAAUUGUUGGUUUCACUAUUAGAGGGCAUUCAUGAAAGAACAACUCUUGCACCUCUCAGAGAAGAUAACUGCCUCUUGUACCUGGAUGUGUAGUACAUCGUAUGUAUACAAUCAGAUAAAAGCAUAGAAGUAAAUCAUUCGGAUGUGAUUUUUAUUUGGUUUUCAUGGAAAGUUAAAGUGAUUUAGUAUAUUGAAUAGCUCUUUGACAGAAUUUGUUUAAACUAUGAAACUACACACUUAAAAAUCUAAGAUGAUGUGUGGAUUAUUGCUAGAAUCUGCAACUCAUUGGCAAUUUAUUUCAAGUAUUUUUCUAUAAUCGCUUUCCCCUCCAAAUAAAUACACUUUGAGAAUAACCCCUCAUAUCUAAACAAAUGAUGCCUCUCAACAUUUUGAGCUGCUCUGUUGGAUAAAUAAAUCUGGUCCUCUUGAGGUUAUAUUUUGGAUAUACAUUUUUAAACUGUCAGUAAUUAUUGUCAGAUGUGAAGUUUAGUAGACAGCCAGUGUUCAUUUUUAUCCUUGAGCUUUUAAUAAAACUUCCUUGUUUGUUUUGAGUCAUAUGGGCCAUACAGCACUAAAAUCUGCUCUUUAUGGAAACUUUUUUCUUUUUAAUCCAGGCCAACAUGUAUGUAAAUUAAAUUUUUAGAUAAUUGAUUAUCUAUUUGUACUACUUGAGAUUUGAUUAUGAGAUGUGCAUAUUGCUUUGGAAAAAGCUCAAGAAAGGAAAUAAUUCUCUCCUUUGUUUUGAACCUCAAACUAGAUAAACCCUAGGCAUUGCUUAAUUGCAACAAGUAGUUUUCUUUCCCACAAAAAAACUGAGGCAGCUCUUCUGCCCAGGGCAUUCCCUGCAGCCACCCCCACCCCAGUUGCCCUUGGUUCUUUAGAAGGAGCACAGCCCUUGAUUCCUCCCUGAUGUGGUAAACUGGCACACUCUAAAGGUGUAAAACAUAAAACAGUUGUGUUUAGAGAACCUUAAGUCAUGCAGAUAUGACUGUUCUCUUUGUACAAGUGUGAAUCAAAAUAAUGCAUCUUUCAGAGUCUUGUUAAGCUAUGUCAUUGUCUCCUGCAUAGUUUCCUGAGUCUUUUUGUAAAGUGCUUUUGGCUAACAGUUCAGUUCUGUAUUUGUUGACAGGUAAAUAAGUGGAGUUGAGUGCCAUCUUUGAAAAAAUUACCCUCUAGCUCUAACACUGAAAAUAAUAAAUUGUAGAUCUCUGCAACUGGGUUUAAAGCAAUGUGACUGUAUUGCUUAAAUGUUAAUUAUUGUUUAUAACCACCAAAAAACAGCCCUAGUAGUUUUUUGGCACCUUAUGUUUAAAUCAGAUUCUUAGAUUUGGGGUAGACCUGACCUUGCUAUUUAUUAGAUAACAUUUUGAAUGUAUCCAUUGGAUUUCUAAAAUGUAUCGUGAAUUUUCUCAGACAAACAGGAUUUAUGUUGGAGCUCUGUUUUUACUUAGAAAUAAAAUAUUUAGUUUAUUUCUGCUCUAAUUAAAAUGUCAA